AUGGGAGACGUGGGCUACAAGUCGUACGUGAGGGGCUGCGCCAUUCACCACACGUUUAACCGAGCCGUGACCAUCCACAACACGCACCGGCUGCUGGUGGAGCACAACGUCAUCUACGACAUCAUGGGCGGCGCCUUCUUCAUCGAAGACGGCAUCGAGACCCAGAACAUCCUGCAGUACAACCUGGCCGUGUUUGUCAAGCAGAGCACCAGCCUGUUGAACGAUGACGUCACGCCCGCCGCCUACUGGGUCACCAACCCCAACAACAUCAUCCGCCACAACGCCGCCGCCGGAGGGACACAUUUCGGUUUCUGGUACCGGAUGCACCAGCACCCGGAUGGCCCGUCCUACGACCCGAACAUCUGUCAGAAGAAAGUUCCACUGGGGGAGUUCUUCAACAACACGGCCCACUCCCAAGGCUGGUUCGCUCUGUGGAUCUUCCAGGACUACUUCCCGGUGAAGGAGGGCAAGUGUGGCUCGAAACAACCAGAACCCGCCGUCUUCAACAAACUCACGGCCUGGAACUGUGAGAAAGGAGCAGAGUGGGUCAACGUGGGCGCGGUCCACUUUAACAACUUCCUCAUGGUCAACAACGAGAAGGCGGGAACCGAGCACAAGCGAAUCCUCAUCAACUACAUCGAUUCUUUCAGCCCAGAAGGCGGGGCCGUGGUGUCGAACAGUGUGAUCGUGGGCCGUGUGGAUGAACUGGGCCUGGACCUCUGCACCUUCAGAGGCAUCAUCGCGCCGCUGGACGACGGCCUCAGCGUUAUCAACACCACAUUCAUCAACUUUGACCGAAGCGGCUGCGCGGCCAUCGGCGUGGCCAGGAUAGACGGGACGUGUAUCGACAAAUGUGGAGGGUGGGCCGUGAGGUUCUCCCACAUCACGUACCACAACACGCCAAACAAAGCCGGGUUCAGGUGGGAGCACGAGGUGCAGCUGCUGGACAUGGACGGGACUCUGACAGGACAUAAAAACUACAAAGUGGUUCCAACGUCGGGUCUGCUGGACCCGGCCCACUGCUCCCAGAGCCCGGACUGGAGCGUGGCCUUUAACGGCUCCGUCUGUGACGACUCUGUCAACUUCCACCGUUUGGCUUUUAACAAUCCUCUGCCGUCGUCUAUCGCCGGACACGACACGCUGCUCAGCAACCAGUUUGGAGGGAGCUCCGUCCCGUACAUGAAGAAGAGGAUGACCCACAAACUGGGCUGGAUGGCUCUGUUACCCUCAGACAUGACCUACAUGUGGAGCUUUGAUGAUGCAGAACACAUUACUAACAUCUCCUACACCGCCACCUUCUACGGAUUCAAGCCGUCUGAGUUUGUGAUCAUCGGCCACAACUUCACCCAAAGUCCAGACCGGUUCCACGUCGUGGACAACAGGAACGGCUCCGCGGCGCCUCUGAGCUUCAGCCAGAACCAGAACGGGGACUGGUACUUCCACGAGGAGGACAACAGUCUGUACUACAUGGCUGUGACAGAGGAAAUACUCAGACGACCCAAAACCAACGAUAAAACCAACGAUAAAACCAACGAUAAAACCAACGAUAAAACCAACGAUAAAACCAACGAUAAAACCAACGAUAAAACCAACGAUAAAACCAACGAUAAAACCAAACUAUUGUCUGGUAAAACGAGUGAGCCCAGGUCCAAAGGCAGCGCUGACCCGUCUCUCUCUGAUGUGGACGUCCAGCUGAAGGUCUACAGAUGCUUUUACCCACAGUGCAUUGCGCCCACACCCCCCCCUCCAGCCACCCUGCCCCCCCUGCCCAACAAGAGGCCCGACAACUUCAUUCGAUGGUCUGAUGCGUCUUUUUGGACCUCUUCGUCUGAUAAUAACAACACAGUCCCAGCAGAGGGCGCUGAUGUGGUCAUCCCAACAGCUUCUUCCCUCCCUGCAGGUCAGUGGGUGGUUUUGGACGACAGCACUCCUGCUCUGAACAGACUCACGGUGAACGGAGUCUUGGAAAUCCCCGAUGACUUGAGCUCAAACAGCAGCAGCAGAAGAAGAAGAUCCACAGACGGUCCCGUGGUCAUCGAGGCCACACACAUCAUGAUCCAGGGGGGCCGGCUGGUCGCUGGGUCUCCACAGGCUCCAUUUGAAGGAGAGCUGCACCUCAGACUGAGAGGGAACCACCUCACCCCAGACUGGCCUCUGCCUGAAGGACCCAACCUGGGAUCCAAAGCCCUGGGUGUGUUUGGGAUUCUGGAGCUCUACGGGAAACCAUCAGAGGUCUACCACACCAAACUGUCUGCUUCCUCUGCCGCUGGAACCAACACUCUGGCUCUGGCCACGGCUGUGGACUGGAAGGUCGGUGAUGAAGUGGCCAUCUCCACCACCAGCUACGACGCCUGGGAGACGGAAAAACACGUGAUCUCUGCCGUGUCCCAGGACGGACUGAUGCUGACUCUGGACACGCCUCUCGCUCACACACACAUCGCUGAAACCCACGCCGUCGCUGGUACGGCUCACAGCUACACGCUCGCCGCUGACGUGGCUCUUCUGAGCAGGAAUAUUAAGAUCAUCGGAGCCGAGUACGAGGAGAUGGAGAAGGAGUCGUUUGGAGCCCGGGUUCUGGUGGGAACCUUCUCCUUUGGGGGAAUAGACUACAAAGGAAAGGCUCAGAUCAGAAAUGUGGAGUUCUACCACAGCGGUCAGGAGGGCUGGUCUGACGACUACGACCCGCGCUACUCCGUGGCCUUCCUCAACCUGGAACAGGUGCAGGACACGUACCUUCAGGGCUGCUCUUUCCACGACGGUUUCUCUCCAGCGAUCGGAGUGUUCAACACAGAAGGUCUUUGGAUCGAGGACAACGUGAUCCACCACACUGUGGGAGAAGGGAUCAGGGUUUGGGGCCACAACACCACACUGAAGAGGAACCUGGUGAUGAUGACGCUUUGGCCCGGAUCGUACCAGGACCGAGAGGAAGACUUUAACUAUGAGUGGAACGCUGCUAUAGAGGUGAACAGGGCGACUUCUGUGGUUUUGCGGGACAACAUCGUGGCGGGUUAUGAGCGGGUGGCGUUCCGCAUUGAUGGGGAACCGUGUCCAGGAACUCCCAACGACAGUGAGAUGUGGCGGCGGAACGAGGCGCACGGCGGUCUGCUCGGCGUGUAUCUGAACGAAGAUGGCCUCCCUGAAUGUUCGCUGAUUCAGGACUUUUUUGUUUGGAAAAGCUACGACUACGGGAUCUACUUCCAGGUGACCCAGAGCAUGGUCAUCUCCAACGUGACGCUGGUGGACAACGGUCUGGGCGUGUUGUCGCUCAUCUACACACCCGCAUCCAUCACCCACAAGUAUUCUGACAAAAGAGUGACCAUAGAGUCGUCUCUGGUCGUGGGCAGCAGCCCAAACUUCAACUGUUCACAAACUCUUCCCACCGGAGACUUCAAUGUCAUCAACUCUGCCACACACCGCAUCGGCCGACACAAAACAGAGGACUGGGAGACACUGGACUGGGAGACACUGGACUGGGAGACACAGGACGGGGAGACACUGGACUGGGAGACACUGCACUGGGAGACCCAGGACUGGCAGACACAGGCCUGGGAGACACUGGACUGGGAGACACAGGACUGGGAGACACUGGACUGGAAGACACUGGACUGGGAGACACUGGACUGGGAGACACUGGACUGGGAGACACAGGACUGGGAGACACAGGACUGGGAGACACUGGACUGGGAGACACAGGACUGGGAGACACAGGACUGGGAGACACUGGACUGGAAGACACAGGACUGGGAGACACAGGACUGGGAGACACAGGACUGGGAGACACAGGACUGGGAUACACUGGACUGGGAGACGCUCUGCCAGUGCAUGUUUGCAGUGAGCAGAGAGGAAGUUACCUCCUUGUACACAAUGUAA